GUAUUGUUCAGCGUGAGCAUGGCUUCUUCUUCCUUCGUCGCUUUCGUGGCUCUAGCCAGCAGCUGCCUCCUCAUCCUCCAUUCGCGCAGCGUCUCCGGCUGGUCUGACGGCGGCGCGACGUGGUACGGUCCCCGCCACGGCGCCGGCUCUGACGGUGGUGCGUGCGGGUACCAUGGCGACGUGGAGCAGCCGCCGUUCUCCGCCAUGAUCACGGCGGGUGGCUCAUUGCCUUGCUGUGUAUGGUAGAUGCACACCUCGCACCACCGUGUGGUUUGGGUUGGGGACUAGUGAAGUUGUUAGCAUUUGUAUGGCAGAUUCUCCACCUUAAGUAAUAAAGUCCCCUUUUUCCCUCGCAAA